AUGAUUGGAAAGGGAGGUGUGAUCGAUGCUGCGGACGUGCACGAGGUCUGCAGUGCGAUCGACGGCAUACCCCUGGAGCACCUGGGCGUCUCCGAAGCGCACGGCCGGGGCAACACCCCAGCCACGCGCGCGCAGCGGGCGCACGUUGCGCACCUGCCACCCAGCCCCUUUGCCGGCUCGGCAAUCACUUACCUUCACAUACACGAGGAUGAUGUUAUGACAAUAGGGAUAUUCCAGCUGCCGCAGGGCGCGCGCAUCCCGCUGCACAACCACCCCGGGAUGACGGUCUUCUCGCGCCUGCUGUUCGGCUCGCUCCACAUCCGGGCCUACGACUGGCUCGACCCGCCGGGCGGCGGCGGCGGAGAGGACGAUGAGGAGGAGGCGCAGCAGCUGGGACGGCAGCCGCACCAUCUGUGCGGGGGCGAGGCGGACGACGAGGCGCAGCGGCGGCAGCAGGCCGAACGUCGGCAAUCGGCGGCGCCGCAGCUGACCGGGCAGCAACAGCAGCAAUUUCAACAGCAGCUGCGGCUCAAGCGGAGGCAUGACAACCAAAAGCAGCAGCAACCACAGCAGCAGCAGCAGCAGCAGCAGCAGCAGCAGCAGCAGCAGCAGCAGCAGCAGCAGCAGCAGCGGCAACAGGAGGGUGCCGGGGCAGGGGACAGCAGCAGUACAGGCAGCGCGGCCAGCAGCUGCAGCAGAUCUCUCUGCGGCGUGCGCGCGGCACGGCUGGCGGCAGACCGCGUGCUCACCGCGCCCACGCCCACGUCUGUGCUCUUCCCCGCCGACGGCGGCAACAUCCACUCGUUCACGGCGCUCAGCCCCUGCGCCGUGCUGGACGUGCUCACCCCGCCCUAUGCGCCCGCCUGCGGGCGCGACUGCACAUACUAUCGGGAGGUGCUCCCGCCGCAGCUGCUGGGCGACGACGCCCGCCCCUUGGCGGUGGCCGCCGACCAGGUCACCACGUGGGUGCGCUGGCAGCAGCAGCAGCACCAGCAGCAGGGGCAGGCGGCCCCCUGCGACGCGUCGGCGGCGGCCGCGCACCCGUGGCAGGCGUACGGCGCCGCGCAGGGGGGCGAGCGGGCCGGGCUGGUGGUUGGUUUGGAGGCGGUGCCCAUGCCCUCGGAUUUCGUCGUGGAGAGGGGCGUCUACGCAGGCAGGGGCGCCCGCGCCUGA